GGAUGCGGCCACAUCGGAUGGUAUCCAUCAUUGCGAUCUCGCACAUGAUUGAUUGCAAUGCAACUAUCAUCAUACAUAUUACUUUUAUAUAUAUAUAUAAUAGCUCUAUUGAGUACCCUAGUAUGGAAUAAGCAAUUCCAUACCAGAGUCAGUCGGCGCACCCGAUCCGCGUCGCUCCGAUCGCCGGUUUAUCGGUUCGGUUCGCGACAUCCCCCACCACCUCCACCCCUGUCCCCACGCCCAACAUCCCAGCUCCCCUCAUCAAAAAAAAAAAACCGCCCAGCUUCCCCCCUGCCGCCGCGGACGCGCGAGACGACGAGGCGCCCGCAGCCUCCCCGCCCCCUCCACCCCCGCCGGCAGCGGUGGCCCCACCGCCGGUGCACCUGAUUCAUGGGAGGAAGGAGCAGCAGGAGCCGGAUCCACGCCCAACCGCCCAGCUCCCGUCCUCAUCACCCUGCCGGUCGCAGCUCCUCCAUCGCCGCCCGCCGCCGCCGCGGACGCGCGGGACGACGCUACAACUGCAGCCUCCCCGCCUCCUCCUCCUCCCCCGCCGGCAGCGGCGGCCCCCACCGCCGGCGGUGGGCACGGCGGCGUGGGGACGGGGUCGACGCCACUCCCCUCCUCCGACGGUGCUCCCUCAUCCCGACCCCGUUCCACGAGCCCGUUCCGAGAUCGAGGCGAGCUGCGAGCAGCAGCCAUGAGCAAGGUGUUCGAGGGCUGCGAGAGGCAAUACUGCGUGGCCGCGGCCUCCCUCUCCCGCAAGUGCACCGCUGCCUCUGCCCUCGAUGGAGGUUGAAUCUCCGCAGAGAAGGAAGCAAAAGCUGUUCGAGAUCCAGUCCGGCGUGGAGGAAGCUGAAUCGCUGCAAGUUGGAUACUAGGACUGCUUGUCGGAGAUUGCACGUGCUGGCGGUGUUGCUCGCUUGCUGGAGAUCACCCGUUAUGAAGCCUGGAGUUGCUUGCUUGCUGGAGAUCGCGUGCACAAGAGGAGCUGCUUGAUGGAGAGCGACAGACCACCUGUGGCAUGGCCGGCCAGCCGCAAGCAGUGAUCGAUGUAUAAAACUCUUGUUAGAGUAAUGGUUCAUGUCUCUCUGAGACAUCCAUUUGCAUGCCUGUGAUGUUAUUCUUUCUAAGCCUUGUGGUGUGAUGAUGUGUUCCAAAGAAAUCAUGCUUGUGCCAAGGCUCAAGAGAAUUAUUUUUUUCCGCUUAUAAUAUGACGGCAUCUGUUUACGGCUA